AUACCGCCAUGAGUGGGCUUGGUACCGUCAUGUUCUCGAAGGUUCUAGGGCGAGCCAAUCACGGCAUUCCCGUGUCAGAGAACGAGGCCAUGCAGAGCGUGACCUUCGAUCAGGUCCACCGAUGCAAGCGCACCACCCCAUAGCUCAGGUGCUCGAGCAGUACGUCCUCACGGAUAUCAAGACGAAAAUGGGCAUUCCAGCCUACACUUCGGCAACAAGAGCGACCCCGACCACGACGGUAGCCGUACCUUCCCCGUGUGCGAGGCUUUUUCCGAAAAGUCGUUUGCUGCGAAGGGCGGCGGCGGUGAAAAAACUUGGACGCCAUCAGCGACAUGUUCUAGGAGAGCUUCAUACGAUUCGGCUUGGAAUACGUUGGGCCGAUCCUCUCCACCGAGAGUAUUGAUCGUCAGGACGACGCUAAGCGCUACCUCAAGCCGUGCUUGUUUGCGGACGAGGGGGCAAGAGGUGGAGGAGGUGACCCAGGGGCGGAUGGGAGUGAAGGGUAAACUUAAGAUGGAGACGGGGGUGUUCGUCGUCUCCGAGCGAGAGAAGCGAUGGUCCUGAUGACCACGCUGGCUACAAAGCCUUGGCGGACACCUAAACCGUGUUGACAAGGUCGAGUCGCCGGGACCUCCGCUGCAACAUGUAACAUCGUCCAAAGCGUUUUCUCGGGUCCUCAUGACAUUCACAACGGGUCCAAGCUUCGACGGGGGAAGCGGAGAAAUAUCCCGCUUGCCAUGUAGAGUAUUUUAUUUUUUCAUAUGGUGCAUGAUAUCAUUGUUGCUCUCGCUGGUGCAUGAGGGCGCCUGGUGCGGGAUGAGAGCCAGGUAUUUUCUUACUGUGUUGUGCGUGGCAAGGCGUUUGGAAUCUGUCGCUGCUGCCUCUUGGCUUCGUCCGCGCCGUUUGUUGUCCGUGCGAAUUGUGGCUUUUGGGGGAGGGGAGGAAGGGGUUGUUUCGAUGGUGUUGGGAACAUAAAGAGGUCUAUUUCUGCAGUCUGCAUUGUUUUUGGAGGACACCGCUGUCGCAGCUGGCUCCGUCUCAGGCAGUGAGGUUUUUCCUUGACUAGAGUUAGUUGUAGAAUUUGGGACGGCCGGGGCGUGGGGGGGGUUCUGUGUAUCGUGUCGGGAGAGACGGUCGUUUCUACCUGUGCGUUUGGACAACACUGCUGCCGCUACGUGUAGCUGUUGUCUCCGGCUGAGCGGUGUUUCCUCACAACAAAGGUAGUCUGUUGCGGGGGUUGUGGGUCGUCUCCAUGAUCGACGUCACUGACGGUCACGGGCGAGGGCAUGCUGGUGUGGGGGGACAUUCAAUGUACAGCACGACGUUCUGAAGGGUAUGUAUGUAUUGUUUCAAUUUGAAGUACCUUUUAUGGUUCUCGCUUACAUGUAAUCGUGCAACUUGGGAUGUUGACGACCUUGGGUAGAGAUGAUAAGCCGCGGGCGGAGAUGAGCUUAAGCUAGAGCUACUGGCAUAGUGUAUGAUGCAUGGGUACGGGAUGUCGUUGUUUCAGAGUUUUGCUCGGGAAUGUACCGACGGUAA